AUGCUGGCUGUGUUUAAUCGCACCCGAACCGCGCAAAUCCCGUACGAUGUCCAGUGGAAUGAUAUCGACGCCAUGAAUGCCAAUAAAGACUUCACUUAUGACGAGAAAAACUUUGCAAAAUUACCGCAAUUUGUUCAGAAUUUGCACAAUAUUGGUAUGAAAUAUAUACCGAUGUUUGAUCCAGGUAUAUCUGCUUCUGAACCACGGGGCACUUACCCACCAUUUGAUAUGGGAAUGGAUUUGAACAUUUUCGUUAAGAACUCGACGGGACAGCCUUUUAUUGGAAGGGUAUGGACUGGAAAGCCUACUGUUUGGCCAGAUUUUACUGAUCCAAAGACCCAAAUCUAUUGGACGCAAAUGUUUGCCAAAUAUCAUAAGGAACUGGAGUUUGACGGCGCCUGGAUUGAUAUGAAC